AUGGGGGCGCUAUGCGGCAAGGUCGACGUGGCGCAGGGGAUAGAGAAGAGAGCAGGGAUCAAAGAGAGUAGGGAGAAGACGAGAGACACUAGCCAGAACUACAUAGGAGGGGACAGCACUUGUUACAGCGGAGAAGACCUCAAGAUCCAAAGCAAGAUAGUCGUCAGCGAACAGUGCUUGAUCUACGGAGGGUCGGUAAAGAUUGAGCGAGGGAGUGAGGAGGAAUUCAUCAAAGUUUGUGAUAAUCAAACUAAGAUGGUGCAAGAUGCAAGUCAAGUUUCCUGCCCUAUCAUACCCUUUCUUGACGAUGUCGACAAGAAUGAGAGAAUAACGCACGGGCAUCGGUUGGAUGGUGAUCAAGAAUGUUUUGGACCGAAUGCUGAUAGACAUGACGACCCAUCCUUGGCGAACAACACGCUGAGCGUGGAAGGAACGAUCAUGGAUGCUUUGAGUGUGAGGGACAAGUCAAGCUAUGAUUCUCAUCCCGAUGGCGACCAAGAUUUCAGAUCGUCAGAAGAGACUUCAGAACUCAGCUCUGCUACACGUCGAAGUACGGACGAGACAAGCAUCAUGAAGACACCCUCGGACUGGCACCGAGCGUUCGAGGAGGAGCGAGCGAGGGCGAUGGCAGAAGAUAGGAUGCGAUCGACUGGGUCGACGAAUCAGAGCACGGGGAGGUCGGAUGGGGAGAGGACAGCAUCAGACUGGCACCGAGCGUUCGAGGAGGAGCGAGCGAGGGCGAUGGUAGAAGAGAGGAUUCGAUCGACUGGGUCGACGAAUCAGAGCACGGGGAGGUCGGAUGGGGAGAGGACAGCAUCAGACUGGCACCGAGCGUUCGAGGAGGAGCGAGCGAGGGCGAUGGCAGAAGAUAGGAUGCGAUCGACUGGGUCGGCGAAUCAGAGCACGGGGAGGUCGGAUGGGGAGAGGACAGCAUCAGACUGGCACCGAGCGUUCGAGGAGGAGCGAGCGAGGGCGAUGGUAGAAGAGAGAAUGCGAUCGAAUAGUGACGAGGGCUGGGGCGAUGACGUCAGCAAAACGUUUUCGAUGCAGCCGGUCAUCGCGGAGCUCCCGGAUCUUGAGAAGAGCACAGCCGACAGCUCAAUGAUUGAAUCCCCGCUCUCGCUGGUCGACGGGGAUGAGCCACGCCUGCCGGGCCUCAAUCGAGCUCAUUCCAACCUAGAAGUGCAGCUUGCCAUCCUGCUCAAGGAGGCCCAGGAGGCAGGAAGCGUCAUAAUUAGCUCCCCCUUGAGCGUCGACACCGACAACAGCAGUCCGCGAUCCAGAGCAGGUCCGAUCCGCAGCUACUGGGAGUCCGGUGUGGCUGGGGAGCAGCUGGAGAAGCUAGGGCAGCCUGAGAAUCAUGAAACUCCGACUGUCAGUGUUUUUCACGGGGAUGUAGGGACUCGGAACGACGGUCUCAAGUUUGCCGCUGUUCGCGGCGUCAGUCACACGGCGGCGAAGGUGACCGGCGUCACUACCGGGUACUCCGGGACCGUCGCCGGAUCGGACCUCGGACCGGGCCCGUGCCGCGCCCCGCUCAGCGGCAGCACGGUCCUGACCGUGCCACUGUUCCAGGCCUGGAUCACCGUUGAACAGGGCAAGUUUCCGGGUUGA